CUUCCCACCUGAUCUCCUUAACUCUGGUAGACGUCGGUGACAAUAUCACAUUCGACUGCAAAGCUUCUGAGAUGGAUCUUAAAUUUGUUUACUGGUAUAAACAAUCUCUUGGAUAUAUGGUUGAAACAGUGGGUUCUGUGAUUCUUGGUCAACCAACGAUAAGUGAAAAAUUUAAAGGCUCUCACUUUGCAAUAACAAUCAAAGGGUCUCGUUAUGAUCUCACUAUCUUCAAUAUCAGCAAAGAGGAUGAAGCAACAUAUUUAUGUCACAUUGGAACAACAUAUUCACAGAAGUUCACCAGUGGCACUUUCCUCGCUACAUGUAAUGUAUUUUUCAUUAACUGUGUUUCCUGUGAUAUUUACCAUGCAGAUGAUAAACAGCAGAAAUCUCUCUACUUGAAACAACAUCCAAAUUCAAGGUUGGUUCACCAAGGAGAGACAGUAAAUCUCCAGUGUUCACUUCUCUCCAAGAAUAAAGAAAAGUCCCAGUGUCCAACUAAACCCAGUAUGUACUGGUUCAGAACUGAAUCAGAACGAUUCCAUCCAGGCAUCAUUUAUACCCAGAGGAACAUCAGCGACAAAGACCUGGACAGAAGCUGUUCUUACAGUUUAUCUGUACGAGACUCAUCUGAUGCUGGAGUUUACUACAGCGCUGUGGUAGCAUGUGGAUCAAUCGUGAUCGGUGAAGGAACCAAAGUGGAGAUGAAAAAAGAUUCGAAUCCUCUUGUCGUUGGACUUGGAGGACUGUUGGCUUUUUGCGUUUUUGUGAUUUUUCUAUUAAUU